AUGAUCUUGUUUGUAAUAUUAUCAUCCCUGCUUUAUACGAUUGCAGUUACGAAGGAAUUAGAAAAGGACGAAGAGCCAGGUGCACGGAAGGCACGAGUAAAGCGACAAAGCCACCCGCAAUCGUGGGAGCAACAGAAGAACACUUUUCAGUGGCCUGGCAGUCAACCACCGUCAUGGAACGCCGGUGGCAACCAGCAUCCACCAUGGGGCAACAAUCAGCCCUGGGCUGCCGGUGGCAACAACCAACAACAACCAUGGAGCGGAGGUGGUAUCCAGCAACAACCAUGGACUACCGGUAGCGGCCCCAAUCAACCAUACGGUACAAACCAACAAACUUGGUACGGCGUCACUCAACCACCAUGGGCACAGAAUAACAGAUGGAACCCCGGAUUCGGUUGGUCUCCAACCGGUCCUCAAAGCGGUAACACCUGGGGAUAUGGCUACAACGGAUGGCAGCCCUGGAGUGGUGGCAACGGCUGGGGCAAUUGUCCUUGCUCUCCUCCCUAUUGGUACCCUGGACCUCCUAACAACGGACCACCAAAUUUCGGUGGUCCUACCGGCCCCAAUCCUAAUGCGGGCCCUCAACAGCAGAAACCCAAUCCUAAUCAACCGAGUGGGCCGCCCGGUCCCGGCCCCAAUCAAGGUCCGCACAAUCCUCAACAACCACAACCUGCAGGUGCCCAGGGCCCACGCCAGUGA